AUGAGAUCGCCCAGAAUGCAAAACAAUCAAAUGACCUUCCGGCGAAAAUGGCGACCCGGCGAAGUGUCAUCGCUAAAUCAAAACAACGAGGCGAAAAACAGGAUGAUUUGCCGUGUUUUUCAAACUGCCCGGAGACACAUGAGUGUCCUGGCCACGAGACUAGUCUACUCGGAGUUUGGCGAGCCGGCAGAAGUGGUAAAGAAAGUGGAGGAGAAGUUGGAAUCCCCACAGGCCAAUGAAGUGACGGUGAAGAUUCUCGCAGCGCCCAUAAAUCCAGCUGAUAUCAACACAAUUCAAGGAAAAUACCCAGUGAAGCCGCCUCUGCCUGCAAUCGGAGGCAAUGAAUGCCUGGCAGAAGUCACGGAACUUGGCGCCAAUGUCAGGAAUCUUGCUGUUGGAGAUCGUGUCAUUCCCUCCAAGACAGGCAUUGGCACGUGGUGCUCGCACGCCAACUAUCCCUGCAAUGCCCUGUUCAGAGUGCCCAAGAGCCUGGGCGCUGUCGAAGCCUCUACACUCACGGUGAAUCCCACCACGGCUUAUCGCAUGCUGAAGGACUUCGCUGAUCUCAAGCCGGGCGACACAGUGCUCCAGAACGGAGCCAACAGCGCUGUAGGACAGGCCGUCUUCCAGCUGUGUCGCAAGUGGGGCCUCAAGAGUGUGGGAAUCGUGCGGAAUCGCCCGGAAAUCGACGAUCUGCGCGCCUUUCUGCGGGAUUUGGGGGCGGAUUGGGUACUGACGGAAGAGGAGGUGCGCACGACGGACCUGUUCAAGAGUGGCCAGGUCAAAAAGCCAAAGCUGGCGCUAAAUUGCGUGGGCGGCAAAAGCGCACUGGAGAUGCUGCGCCAUGUGGCGGAUGGAGGAGUCGUCGUGACGUACGGCGGCAUGUCCAGGGAGCCCGUGACCGUGCCCACGGGUCACCUGAUCUUCAAGGACAUCUCCUUCCGCGGCUUCUGGAUGACCAGGUGGACGAGAGACAAUCAAGAGACGCCCGAGCGCGAGAAAAUGUUCCGGGAUCUCGUGGAGUUCAUCGAGGAGGGCAGUUUCCGGGGGCCUCGCGCAGAAAUUGUGCCUGUGCAGAACUACCGAGACGCCCUGGCGAAUGCCAUGGCCUUUCAGGGAUUCAUUGGACAGAAGUUCAUCCUGGACUUUACGCAGCUUUAAUUUGUGAUUUUGCAUUGUAGAGAAAUUUGAGCCGGAGCAAAAUAAAUCGGCGGCAGCCGCUUCUUUUUGUAUAGCGGCGGCGGCAUUAAAGUAACGACAAAAUUUUGUGAAAAGCAGAAUGUUUCAGG